UAUACAUUAGUGUUAAAUUGAAACAAUGUGUUUAAAUGUUGCUAAAUAAAUGACUACAUAAAAUCUGUAGAAGUACUCAAAUCUUACUUAUGGAAUAUGAAUUCACUGUCAUUUAAGUAAUGCAAAAGAGCUUUUUCAUUUCUGCAUUCUUAAAUAAUAAAAUCAAUGUCAAAAUUAAAAAUGAAAUAAUAAAGUUGUACAAAUUUACACCUUUGUAAUAAAAUCUAUAUAACAUACUGCAUUUCUGAAGUUAUUUUUCUUCAUCUUUACAGAAAAAGUUGCCCUCAUUUCAAGGAAGAGGUAAUUUGUCUGAAUUAAUCUACAUUCGAUUUACUACAGAAAUAAGAUGACCUCGUCCGCAUUUCUGACUUAUUUUCUUGUGUUUUGUUUCCAGUUGGUUACCGCUCGGCAGAAAACCAAGCAACGACCUACAAAGCCUGGGCACGCAUGGUAGUCGCGCCCCUUUCAAGUUCACAAUCAACCUCUACAGGUGGUUAUCUCCAGUGGGACAUAACCCACUCWGCUCGAAAGCAAGUCAGCCACUCUCACAGCACCUGGCUGACCAUCCUGGAGCCCGGCGAUUACUUCGUCUACACCAGGGUAACCUUCUCCAAAGACCACCCAAAGCUCGCACUGGCCAGCAGGGUCAAGAUGAGGAAGGGGGAAACCGCAGAGGACAAGGAUGUGAUGAAGGCCUACUGCAGCCUGAGCGGGGACACGUCAAGCCCUCAGAUGUGCACGGCCACGCAACAGGAUGUGAUCACGCUGGAGAAGGGAAACCAGCUCAGCGUCUGGGUGCAGGACCUCUCACUUGUGGACUACGAAGAAGGCGCAACGACCUUUGGGAUUUACAAACUAUAGGACUCCUAUGGGAGCAAUGUGCACAGACCCAAACUCAAAGACAGGAAACUCUGAUUCAAAGAGGACAGGCCUGGAUUUAUAAGAUAAACUGAGAUCUCAGUGGUACUGAGACAAAAAAAAAAAGCACAUUUCAAACUAUAACUUAUUGAAUAACAAAUGUGUAUUUCUAUGUUUUGUGAAUGUUUGUUUGGUAUUUAUUAUGGUAAAACAUGUAGAUUGAAUGAAAUGUUAUUUUAAYUUUAGAUUUUAAAGUUUUUUCCUAAACAUUUUUUUAUUAAGCCUAAAAGAGGUGAAAAUACCCAAAUUCAUUCAUUGUUAAUGUUAAUUAAAGCCAGUUGAUCUGCUAUUUUUUUCCUUUAUGAUCAUUUUCUACACAAACCUUUCCCCUUCCCUUGCAUUUUAGCUCAACCACCAUGGAGUUAUYUUUCUAGAAUAUAAAAAAGAAGUGAAAUUAUAUGAUUUUUAAUGCUAAAAAAAUUAUCUGGAUACUAAAAACCACACAUUUGAUUUUGAAAGUUUUCUCUCAUUAACCAGCCAUAUGAGAAAUCCAUUACUUUCAUUUUUUCAUGUUUUAUUUUUGAAGGAAAACUGUACUUAUAUUUAUAUUUUGGACAUCGAUCCAGUUCUGAACAACGAUUUAGUCAGUUCAACUCAAAACAGAUUUGUGAAACAAUUUAAAGCCCAGCAAAGAGGACAAUUCACUUUUAAAUUCAUAAUAAGCUAAAUGUUCAUUACAUUAUAGUUUAGGGAUGAGAAACUUGGGGUUUAACAGCUCUACUCGAGGAGCAGUUGAACCUAAACCUUAUGUCAGUGCCUCAAACACACACUUGACAUGGAAAGUGUGAAUCUCUCUGGAGGUGUGUGUGUGUGUGUGUGCAGAGGCAGAGCACUCUCACAGGAUGUCGCAGACUCUUUGUCACUCCUUCCACCGUGCACAGAGUUUCCUGAUCGCGAUCAUGAGCAACGUGCUGAAAGCGGCGUGGAAAAGGCCUGCCUUUGAGGAUUUCCAGAAAGAUUGCAGCAGGGUUUUMUGUUUCCGUUUCACGUGGGUUUAAAACUAAUUGAACUGAACCGUACUUAUUAUAUUAAACUUUUAAUAAAAGAACAAUCAAACCAAACAUAAAGGUACAGGGUYUGUAGGGGAGAAUACAAUACUUGCAACAAUAAUUGCAUAGAACAGUCCUUAAAAAACAAAACAAAAAACAAAA